UGCCGGGGCGGCGCUGGGCCUGGGCUGGGCGCGGAGGGCGCGGCGGAGGGGGUCUCGUCGGGGGAGCCGUCGGGGCCGGAGCUGCGGGCGGCGGCGCGGGCGCUGGAGCGGCGGGGGCUGCUGGCGGAGGUGCCGGAGUGGCUGCUGGAGGUGCUGCAGCGGGACGUGCAGGCGCGGCUGGCGCCCGAGUUCUGGAGCCGGGCGGGCGGGGAGGCGCCGUGCUCGUCGGGCCGCCUGCUGGAAGCCUUCGCGCUGCUCCGCCGCCGCCUGGAGCGCUACCUGCGCGGCCUGGCCCUGCUGGAGGAGUGGCUGCCCGGGAGCCCCCGCCACAGGGCCCAGGCUCUGCUGCGCGCCGGCCUCUUCUGCGCCGCGCCCGCCGCCUUCCGCCCGCCCGUCCGCCGCUUCUACGAGCGCAGCUUCCGCAUCCACAUGCAGCCGCAGCAGGAGCAGGAGGCCACGGGCUGCGGCUGCGGAGAGGAGCCCUGCGGCUGCCCGCUGGCCACCGAGCAGUUCCAGCAGCUCAACGGCAUCCUCCACGAGCUGAACCUGCUGGAGCGGGUGAGCGCCGACGCCGUCACCCCAGUCCUGCACCGGAUGAUCGAGGAGCGCGUGGAGCGGCGGUGCCGGGGCGAGUACGAGCGCUCCUUCCUCGGCGAGUUCCAAGAGUGGAUCGAAAAGGUGAUCGGCUGGCUCAGCACAGUCUUUCUGCAAGAAAGCACCGCCACCCUGCCUAGCCCAGCCACCACCACCACCAGCAGCAGCAGCAGCAGCACCUUGAAGCGAUGGCGCUGCCACGUCCAGGGCUUCUUCUACCGCCUGUAUGCCAGCAUGCGCAUCGAGGAGCUCUUCAGCAUCAUCCGCGAUUUCCCGGAGUCGAAGCCUGCCGUGGAAGACUUGAAGUAUUGCCUGGAAAGGACCAAUCAGCGGCAGCAGCUCUUGACCUCCCUGAAAAGCGCCCUGGAACUCCGGCUCCUCCAUCCCGGGGUGAACACCGCGGACAUCAUCACCCUUUACAUCUCUGCCAUCAAAGCCCUGCGGGAGCUGGACUCUUCCAUGGUGAUCCUGGAAGUGGCCUGUGAGCCCAUCCGGAAAUACCUGAGGACCAGGGAGGAUACCGUGCGGCAGAUUGUGGCAGGACUGACGGGGGAUGCUGAAGGAUCGGCUGACCUGGCAAAUGAGCUCUCCAAAGCUGACCCGGUGACGCUGGAGAAUGACCAAGAGAGCGAGGACGAUUACUCCGAUCCCGAGGACUGGGUGCCCGAUCGGUCGGAUGCCGAUCCAGGGAAGUCCAGUUCCAAGCGCCGCUCCUCGGACAUCAUCAGCCUGCUGGUGAGCAUCUAUGGCAGCAAAGACCUCUUCAUCAAUGAGUACCGCACGCUGCUGGCUGACCGCUUGCUGCACAAUGCAAUUACAGUGCCGAGAGGUGAGAUCCGAAAUGUGGAACUGCUGAAGCUGCGCUUUGGAGAGGCCCAGAUGCACUACUGUGAGGUCAUGCUAAAAGACAUGGCGGACUCUCGGCGCAUCAAUGCAAACAUUCGUGACGAGGAGCAGAAGCUGCCUGAGCAGGAGAGGCCUCCCUUCAGUCUUGAGGCCACCAUCCUCUCCAGUGAGUUCUGGCCCCCGUUGAAGGAGGAGAAGCUGGAGCUCCCAGGGCAGAUCAAGGAGGCCAUGGAGGCCUACGCUAAGAAGUACGAAAAGCUGAAGGCCAUGAGGACCUUGAACUGGAAGCAUCACCUGGGCUUGGUGGACCUGGAGUUGGAGUUGGCGGAUCGUACGAUCUCCCUGUCUGUGUCACCGGUGCACGCAGCUGUCAUCCUGCACUUCCAGGAGAAAAGCACGUGGACCUUGGAGGAGCUGAGUGAAGCUGUGAAGGUGCCUGCGGCCUCCCUGCGGCGCAAGAUGACCCUCUGGCUGCAGCAAGGGGUGCUGCGGGAGGAGCCCCCUGGGACCUUCACGGUGAUCGAGGAGGAGCUGAAGGACCAGGCCGAGAAGGUGGUGCUGAUCGAUAGCGAUGAGGAGGGGGAUUCAGCCAUGGCCUCCCAGGCGGACCAGAAGGAGGAGGAACUGCAGCUCUUCUGGACCUACAUCCAGGCGAUGCUGACCAACCUGGAGUGUCUCUCCCUGGAGCGCAUCCACAGCAUGCUGAAGAUCUUCGUGAUGACGGGCCCCAUGGUCACCGAGAUCGACAUCCAGGAGCUGCAGGUCUUUCUCCAGAAGAAGGUCCGGGACCAGCAGCUCAGCUACUCGGGGGGCGUCUACCGCUUGCCCAAAAGCUGCAACUGAUCUCCUCCGCUCCUGAGGGCAGCGCCUGAUGGACUGACAGGUGUGGGUCACCCUGAGACUCUGGCCUGGGGUGCUGCCUUGCGUCGCCUUGGUGCGUGCGGCCACGGGGUGUGGGUGUGGGUGUGUGUGGGUGGGUGUGUGCGCACAGCCCAAGGAACUGGUAGCAAAAUAUUUGUUUUGAUGGAUUUCUUGGUUCAUAAUAAAAGUGGUUUCCCUCUGA